AUGUCGCCAAGUUCUCAUUCCCCUGAUGUCCCUCAAGGUUUGGGCUCUGCAUCCUGGCAGAAGCUCAUGGUAUCCGGCCGGAAAUUAAACGACCAGCAGGAUGCGGUCUCUGCUGAACGCUCCCGUGUUCGAGAACUUCGGACCGCCCUGAGAUAUAAAAGGGAGGAAGAAGCAGAAAUCCGUAUAUCGCUUAUGAAGCAACUGAACUCCAUGUUCGCGAAGAAUGAUCUUUUGGUAACCGAGCGCAUCGCGAAAGAGCAUGAUAGACUACAAUCUGCCAUGGAUGAAUAUCUGGACCUGGAGAAUCGCUACCACGAAGAGGAGGACCAGUUAGAACAGAACGAGUACAGCCUCUCUACUUCAAUGGAAACAUUCCUUCAGUUACUCCAUAAUGGAAUUCUUUCACAAUGUCCGGAUGGGACCCUCACAGGUCUCCCCCCGUGUACUAUGGAUCAAUAUAGUGAAGAUUAUGACCGCUAUUCCACUAUUAGCUCGGCUCCGGACCUCCCACCUGCUGUAGUGACCUACCUCACGCGCAUAGGCGACCUGCGCGUCCUUCAGGAAAGCUUAGCGGACCUCGACAUGCAGUGGGUCGAGACCACGGAAAGGCAAGAGCAGCGCCGGCCCCAUAACAUCCCCUUGGACGAGGAAUCGCUCGAGUUCCUCCAAACCUACGACUCCGACCGAGCAUCUCUUUGGAAGAAGAUUGAUACCACCCAGCUUGAUGUUAAUCAACUUCGCUCCACCUGCGAGGAACAAGGACUUCUAACCGAGGACUACCUCCCUGGAGGUUAUGAUUUUACAUAUAAUAGUUACGCGCCCGCACAGCAACAGCAAUUCGAAGACGACACCGGGGCGCAAAUCAAACACCAAGACACUAGUGAGGAAAUGAAUGAACGUGGACGGCCGGAAACAAAACUAGCUGAUCCCCUCAAAAUGCCAGCCGGUCGAGACUUUUCCCCCUUCUCCGAGCCCUGGCCAAUGACCCGCAACCAUCCCGUGGAAUUCAUCAACAACUGGAUUCUACACCAGCUCCGCCACUCAUCCGUCCAGAUCGCCCGCUUCAAAUCCCUUCCGGAGCUGUGCGAGCUCAACCGCGCCGGCUGCCACAAUGCCGAUAUCAGUCGCAAGGCGCUGACGGAGUGGUUUCUUGACGACACGAUCGUCUCGACGCACCCCUCGCCGCCGUGUUCAACAGCCGCUGGCGAUGAUGAGGGUAGAUUGACGGAUAACAAUGAAGAUGGGGGGAGCUUGUUGGACAACGCCCAUGAUGGCAAUGGUGUGCUGUAUGACCUACGAAAGGAAAAGAAGAGAGCUACCAGGGAAAGGAAGAGGGCUACUAUAACGGGAUUAAUGAGCGGAGCUCCUGCACCUACUUCUGGGCCUGGUCGCCUACGUGACAGGUGGCCUCGCUCCGCUCAUUCGGUAUAA